AUGCCAUAUACAGAUAAGCAAAUAUGCAUCCCUCCAGAACUGCCAGAACUGCUGAAACAGUUUACAAAGUCUGCUAUUCGAACCCAGCCUCCAGAUCUGCUCCAAUGGGCGUCUGAUUACUUUAGUGCCGUGGCCCGUGGUGAUACACCUCCAGUAAGAGAGCGAUCGGAAAGGGUACCUUUGUCAAACUGGGCAGAACUCACUCCAGAGCUCUUAAAGGUCUUACACCAACGAGUGAGUGGCAGACUGAUAAUCCAUGUAGAUGAACUGGCCCACAUGUGGAAGGUGCUGAAUCUCCCAACAGACUUAUUUGAGAGUGUUAUGAAUGUUGGUCGUUUUACCGAAGAAAUUGAAUGGCUUAAGUUUUUAGCCCUUGCAUGUAGCUCUCUUGGAGUUACUAUUGCAAAAACACUGAAGAUUAUAUGUGAGGUUUUAUCCAGCGAUUAUGACAGUGGACCCCCACGUAUUCCUUUUAGCACUUUCCAGUUUCUCUACACAUACAUUGCUGAAGUGGACGGGGAGAUUUCAGCAUCUCAUGUCAGCCGAAUGCUGAAUUACAUUGAACAGGAGGUCAUUGGACCUGAUGGCUUAAUCAAGGUGAAUGAUUUUACCCAGAAUCCACGGGUCAGACUGGAAUAG